GACUGCUUGUUUAAGAUUCUUCUUAUAAUUUUGAAGCUAGGUGAAUCUUCAAAGCUUUGAAUAUUGGUUGUGAAGACAAGGUUUCUUAGAUUCAAGAACUAAAACAUUGGUUGUGAAGACUUAACACUUUCCCUUAGAUUCAAAGUAUGGUUAACAGAGAUUGGCGUCCUUUUGUAUAUGGUGGCCUUUCAUCAAUUGCUGCAGAAUUCGGCACUUUUCCAAUUGACACAACAAAAACUCGCCUUCAAGUUCAAGGUCAAGUAUCGGAUGCUCGAUUCAGAGAGGUCAAAUACAAUGGUAUGUUUCAUGCAAUAUGGAGAAUUUCAAAAGAAGAAGGAGUUAAAGCCUUGUAUUCUGGCAUAAAACCUGCUCUUUUGAGGCAAGCUACUUAUGGGACAAUCAAGAUUGGCAUUUAUUACUCUUUAAAAAAUGCUCUGAUCAAAAAUCCACAUGAUGAAACAUUAUUUACAAGCGUUUUGUGUGGAAUAACAGCAGGCGUAAUUGGCUCAGCCAUAGCGAAUCCAACAGAUGUACUUAAGGUGAGAUUACAAGCUCAUAAAGAAGCCUAUUCACAAAAAGGCAUGUUCCGCUGCUUUUUAGAUAUUUAUGGUAGUGAAGGCAUUAAAGGCUUAUGGAGGGGUGUCUGUCCUACAGCACAACGUGCUGCUGUAUGUGCUGGUGUCGAACUACCUGUGUAUGAUAUUACAAAAAGAAAUCUCAUCUUGUCUGGUGCCAUGGCAGAUAAUGUUUCAACUCAUUUCUUAGCUAGUUUAACUGCUGGUUUAGCUGGAGCAGUAGCAUCUACACCUAUUGAUGUUGUAAGGACGAGGUUAAUGAACCAAAAGAAACUACGUACAGCAAUUUUAGAUGGUGCUCGUGUUGAAGUAUUAUACACAGGUUCCUUCCAUUGUGCAUUACAUACUGUACAAACAGAAGGAUUUUUAGCUCUUUAUAAAGGUUUUGUACCUACAUGGGUAAGACUUGGCCCUUGGAAUAUUAUAUUUUUUAUAAUGUAUGAACAGAUGAAGAGGCUGUAUUGAUCUGAACAGUGGAGCUUCCAUCCAUCCAAGCACAAUCCAAAUGAUUUAGAGCCCAUAGAACAUUUUUUAUGGCACCUGCUUAAACCUCUCUAUCUGCCGGUUUUUCAAACUUUGCUCCUGGAGUGUUUUCUGGAUUUGGCUGUAUAACAGUGGGCAAAGUAUUUAGAACUACCUUAAAAGUCGACCGUUUUUGUUUUUAUUUAUUGUUUUAUUUGACCGUUUUCAGAGCUUUCUGAGAAAUGUAUAUGUAUAUAUGUAUAUAAUUUAUACAUAUCUUGUUUUUCCUUUUAUUGUUCCUUCUAUGUUAUAGUUUCAUAAAAAAAAAUAAUAAAACCUUUUACCCUCAA